AUGGCAGGGUGGGCGCUUAGCGCCGCGCACUCGCGGGCGCUUCAACGGACACAAGGAGACUUGUCUACUCCGCGUGAGGUCAAAGAGACGCUGGAAAAGAAUCCAAUAGACGCCCUAUAUUGCUCAGAAUGUCGCACGCUGAGGGAAAAGAAGAUCGGACAUGAGAAUGCGGGACGCCUACCAUGGGAUCCGCUCGGCGUCAUGAGUGUGGGACUGCAAUUCGCGGGAACACGUAGGUCAAGUGGGUCUCACCUGAGAGGAGCAGAGUUAGAGAGCUGGGCGAAACGCUGGUGGGAGGGAGGUAGCCAUGGUAGCCAUCUCCGUAUGUUCUCCACACUUCGACAGAAUAUCCGAGAGACUGGCGUAACGCAAAAAAUGCGGCUCCAUUCCCGCUUCACGGAUGUUGCGGUCUCUCACGGAGUUAGCACACAGCACCACAAUCGUGACGUGGUGACGCACCCAUGCAAUGCAGAGUUCGAGCAGCACUUGCUUAUACCGAUGGUUAUUUGGCAAUCAUCGGGCGAGAGGAUGAGCGGGACAUAUAACAAACCGCAUUCUGAUAGGCUUUCGGGAUCAGUCGCCAUGAACGGGUCAAAACUUGUACGUCACACAACUCUUAAGACGUACAAACCAAUGCCGUACGAGCAUCAAGCCUGGUAUUCCCUCUUGGUCAAAGAUACAUUCUCCGGAUUGUGGCUGAGGCAGCUUCUUUACGUUGAGAUCAUCCGUCCCGGAUCGCAGCAUGAAUGCACUGACGCAUGCAAUCAAGGCGUAUGUACGGGAUCCACUGGCAACGCAUGCCAAAAGGGUCAUAGAGCAAGCGUCCUGCUAGUAACAUACGUGGUGAUACGCGCUCGGCAGAGCAUCCCCAAUUCGCGUGUUGUCAUCGAAUUUGACCAUUUCCAUUGCACAGAUCGUGGGUGGUCCCUGAUGGCUUUUGCCGAGCGCAUCUGGCUACAAGCAUUUUGGCAUAGGAUUAAAGGCGAAGACAAGCACAAGCCAACGGUCGACAAAGUUGGACGCAUGAAGCUGGCGAUCAGGCGGUGA